AAACGUUAGCAGCUACUCACUCUCACAGGCAACAUGGUCCACUGGACAGCUGAAGAGAAGGCAGUCAUCAACUCCACCUGGGGAAAGAUACACCCGGAACAUGAAGGUGCUGAUGUGUUGAGCAGGCUGCUGAUUGUCUACCCCUGGACCCAGAGAUAUUUCAGCUCCUUCGGAAGCCUGAACAGUCCCAGUGCUAUUACUGGAAAUGCCAAGGUCCACGCUCACGGCACGAAGGUGCUGACUGCUGUUGCCAAUGCCAUUCAACACCUUGAUGACGUCAAACACUAUCUGUCCGCCCUAAGCAAACAGCAUGCCCAGGAGCUUCAUGUUGACCCCGAAAACUUCAAGCGCCUGCUGGAAGUUCUGGUGAUUGUCUUGGCUACCAAACUGGGACCUGCAUUCACACCUAAAGUCCAGGCCAUCUGGGAGAAACUCAGCGCUGUUCUGUUGGCUGCUCUGAGCCAUGAAUACCAUCACUAAAUCGCUAUAUUACCAUACCGGCAUUUAACAUCUUGUACAACAAUCAUAAUUGCUGCCAUGCGCAAAUGUCAAUGACAUUCGUUAUACAAAUGGAAUAUUUUUCUGAAAUGCUAGGUUAUCAGUUAGCAUAUACAUGUUCUAGUUUGCAUAUAAGCACAUCAAUAAAACAAAUU